AUGGAGAAGUACCAUUCAAGGAGCUGCGGCAUCACUGACGAGCCCCAGCCGCACAGCAUUUCAAUUGAAACUAGUCAAAAUAAUACCCUCGAGGCAAGGCUAAGGGAGGCAGAAGAAAAUGCAAAGAAUCAAUCUCAAACACCAAAGAUACAGAAGGUUAUAUUCUUGCUGCGAGAUAACAACGAUUUCAACAAGAAUUAUGAGCCAAAAGUGGUAUCACUCGGUCCAAUUCAUCAUGGUAAGCCAAAUUACCAGCUAGGAGAGAAGUACAAGCUACUAUUGACAAAUGAAUUCAUCAAAGGUAGCGGUAAGAGCAUGCAAGAUUUAUACCAGAAGAUUAAGGAGAAAAUCAAUGAACUGAGGACAUGCUACGAGAAGGAGGUGACCAAGGACUAUGAUGAUGAGGCCCUCACUUCGAUUUUGUUCGUGGAUGGCUGUGCAAUAUUACAGUACGUAUAUUGUGCAAGUAACGACAAGUUCAAAGAGUUGAAUAUAAAAACGGACAGUGUAGCAUUUGGGCAACAGGAUUUGUUCUUGCUGGAGAAUCAACUUCCCUAUCGUCUACUCACAUGGUUGAUGAGCUCGAGUGAGAAGAAAGAAGAAUUGAGCAAAUCAAUUGAAACUUACAUUGACUGGCAUGUUAAGGUACCAGAGGAUAAGAAACCGAAUUGGUUAUCGUGGAUACUCUGCCCAAGAUUGAAGCCACAACAAGCACAAAGUGCAAAAGAAGAAAGCCACGACAAGGAGAAGCCACAAGAUCAUACCAUAUCAGUGGCUACAGAGCCCGUCCAUCUACUAGACCAUCUGAGGACACGAAUGCUUCGUGAACAAGGGUAUGAUGGAAAGGUUGGUAAAAUCAACCGAAAUAUACAAAAUUUCCAAGAGUGGCAAUCCUAUCGCAAUGUCCAGGAGCUUAAAACGGCAGGUAUCCAUUUGAAACGUGGUAACAAUAGUUACUUGUGGAACAUAUCAUUCACUAAAAAAUUUCCUUUUCGUGGACAACUUCACCUUCCUCCAAUUGUUGUGGAUGACUCAACCAGACCUAAGUUCCUGAACUUGAUAGCAUAUGAAAUGUGCCUGGAUUUUAAAAAUGAUUUUGGGGUCACCUCUUAUAUAUCCUUCCUCGAUUCACUAAUCGAUGAAGCCAAUGAUGUUAAGAUGCUAAGGAAAGCACGGAUACUCCGCAAUGUCCUUGGCAGCGAUGAAGAAGUGGCUAAACUCUUCAAUGAGAUAGGCAACGACUUGGUGCCUAACAUCGAAAUAUACCAGGAUGUCAGAUCAAAAAUUCAGAAGCACUAUGAGAGCAAGUGGAUGACCUGGAUAGCUCAAGUCUUUCACGACCAUUUCAGUAGUCCCUGGACGUUCAUUGCUUUCAUUGGCGCAUUGUUAGCACUUGCUCUAACUAUCACUCAGACUUGGUAUGCUGUCAACUCUCCCCCAGGACCCUGAGAUUAAUUCUGCAAAAACUUAAGGCCAAAGGAAAUAUGCAAAAGAUGGCCAUUUCCAAAUAAUAAGGUCAUUCCAAAGCCUUAUCAUCUUGUUAAUUUGUUUACAGCUUGGCGUUGAAGUUUUCUUGAAAUAAGUCAGGGUGAUUGUACUCUCUAAUUUAAUGUAAUAUGUGUGGAUUUGAAA